UACAGCAGCUACGCUAUCAGUCUUCUUACUUUAUUUACACAUUUCGUAUACCUAUAUUUAUAAUAUAAGUCGUCAUGGCGCGAGGGCAAAGAGUACAUAGUUACUAACUUACAUUAGCUAUAGAUCAUUUCUACUACUUGCUCGUAAAUAUGAUAAUUAUUAAUAAUUCAAGUGAUUAAUUUUUUUUUUUGGUAAAUAGGUACUAAAUAGGUACAUGAUGUAUUUUUAUGGGUGGAACGUAAUAUUGGUAAUUUUAUUGAUAAGGAAAGCUAACAGUAUCGUGAUUGAUUUAUGUCAUGGUUAUCUAAAUCAAUCUACUACCUGUUGGAAUCCGACACAACGGUUCGAAAUAUUUGGAGUACAGAGAGGCGUUAAUCCUAAAUGGUAUUCAACACAGAGCUUUUCAGUAUCUGAACAUUGCGGUACUCAUUUAGAUGCACCUUAUCACUUUUAUCAAGACGGAUGGAAAUUAAAUGAUAUUCCUUUGGAACGCAUGAUAGUUGAAGGUGUGCAUCUUAAUGUCAGUCAUCAAGUCAAUGGAAAUGGCGAAUUUUUACUUACAGUCGAUCAUUUGAAAAAAUGGGAACACGACAAUGAUCCACUUCCACACCGCUCUGUGAUAUUAGUCAAUUUUGGUUGGGCUCAUAAGUUUGGCAAUCGUCAAUUAUACUAUAAUAACGAUACACAACGUUCAUUAUUAAGUUUUCCAGGAUUAUCUAAAGAAGCAGCACAAUGGAUUGUCGAUUCUAAAAAAGUAUUUGGCGUAGGAGUAGAUAGCCCGAGUGUUGAUGCAGGCAGUUCAACGUCAUUUGAUGUGCACAAAAUACUAUCUAAAGCUAACAUAUAUAAUCUUGAAAACGUAGCUCUAAAUGGUACGACAUUACCAUCAAAAGGAUUUAAACUUAUUAUGCAGCCAAUCAAAAUUAUAGGAGGUACCGGUGGACCUUGUCGGAUUUUAGCUUUUAUAAAUAAUACACUUGAAAAGUGAAUGAAACUUAAAUUUACUUGACUAUAUAUAUUCUAAUUAAGUGCUUAACUAUAAUUUAUUAACCUAAUAAAAUUAACACAUACAAAUAAGCUAAAAAUAUAAAAUGUAAAACAAGACGUCUUUUUAGUUUUAUACCAACGUAAUUUUUUUUUUUUUGAAAAAAUAUUACGUUAUAACCUAACAUACCUAAUUUUAUUUUGUAUAAAUAUAAUGAUUGACAAUAGUCACGAAU